AUGGAAAAAUAUUUAAAAAAGUUAAAAAAAAAAAACAUUAUAUGCCGUGAGGAAAUUGUAUCACGGCUGUAUUCUUUAAUUGGCAUAGCAGAUGAACCGAUGCCAGAGAGCAUUUUCGUUUAUGGACACAUGGCUACUGGAAAGUCGUUAAUUAUACAAAGUUUGCUCAAUUAUUUAAAGUAUAAUGUUAGUUAUGUUAAUUGUAUAGAGCAUUUAGGUAGUAAACACAUAUAUAAUUACAUCCUGGAUGAUUUAGUCACAUCUAUAAAAGAAUCAAAUGGUGACAUACAAUUGAAACAUAACUGCGACAAUAUUAUGGAUUUUAUAAUUGAACUUAAAAAGAUUUCUUGCAAUGAUAAACGUCCGAUCGUGUUAGUAUUCGAUAAAUGUCAUAAGAUAAGGCAUUUUGAUGUGACUUUUUUACCAGCGAUCUUAAGACUCAGAGAGUUAGCCGGUAUUAAUAUAUGUACAAUUUUGAUAAGCGAGAUUGUUUGGGAUAAAUUCAAUACCAAGAUAGGUGCAUUGAGGCCUGUAAAGAUUUAUUUUCCCCAGUAUACGAAGGACGAAUUAGCGCAAUUGUUAUUAUUAGAUAAGCCAACGAGUUAUGAUACAGAUUUUUAUAAGAAUUAUUUGAAUCUUUUUCUUUCUGUAUUUUUCCGAUUUUGUAGAGAUCUAAACGAGCUUCGGCACAUGGUUAAAAUAAAUUUUGCAAAAUAUGUAGAACCUAUUGAAAGUAAGCGAAUCGAGCCAGAUAACGUUACUGCACUAUGGAGGAACAUCUCUGCUACUUUGAGAUCCAAUUUGGAAAUUAUUUACCUUAGAGUUUCUACGAGCGAUUUUUUGCAACCUGAUUAUCAAAUGUCUCGAGAAAUUGAGUCAACAACAAAACUAGCUUUGAGUUUUGAACUACCGUUUUACGCGAAGUACAUGCUAAUCGCGGCGUAUUUAGCUUCGUAUAAUCCCGUUAAGUAUGACAAGCAUAUUUUUAUGAAGCAAAGUAGUAAGAGAAAAAAAAAGAUGCGAUCAAUUAAGAAAACGGGAAAAGAUGCGGAAAAGAAAUGUCGAGUAUUUACUAUCUCAAGAAUGCUCGCAAUCUUUUGCGCUAUUCUCGAUGAAAAAGUAGAUAUCAAUGCUAAUUUACUCGCUCAAAUCUCUACCAUGUGCCAGCUUGGUUUAUUAUCUAUUGUCGGAGAUAACAUUACGCAGUUGGAUGAAACAAAAUUCAAGUGCUGUGCAAGUCACGACUUUAUUAUCGUUGUAGCUAAAACGGUUGGCUUUGAAAUAAAAAAUUACUUGAACGUGAAUAUGGCUUAAAC